UGUAUAGGACUGGAACUAGUGGCCCUUUUUCAAAAUGGCGGAAAAUUUGAACGACAAGAUUUUAUAUUUUUAUUGUAAGAAAUCACUUUGAAAAAUGCCUUUUCACGAUUGAUUUAGGAAUACCUUGUCAGUUUUCACGAUUGACUUGGGAAGCUGCUGCGAAUAAUGCUGUAAAAUAUGUGGUGUUUUGUGAUUGCAUGCGAACAUACGAACGAAUUUUGCAUUUAGUUUUGGAAUUACGAUUAGUUUAAUUAUGAUAGAAGGGUUUGAAGAAAAUGCGCAACGCCAACAAGGACUGGAUGCGGACGCUCUGCUUAAAGAAAAUCAAGAAUUAUACGAAAGUUUAUCAAAAUGUCUUGAGGAGAAGAACUUUGUUUGGUCCUUGUGGAAAAGGCUGCAAACGGAGAAACCGGAUCUUUCGUCCGUCGUCAGUCUGGUCAUGGCAAGGGAAAAAGAAAAAAACGAAACUAGGGAUGCCAAAGUUCUGAAAAUUUUGGAAAGCAAAGACCUGCAACUACAACAGUUGAAAGAUGAAAAGGAAUUGCUGCUUGGAGAUUUGAGACAACGUGAUGAAGACUUUGAGGCACACGGACUAAGACUUCACGAUCUGUUGAUCGAGAAAGCCGAACUGCAAGAACGCGUCGAGUCCAUGAGGACUGGACACGAGGAAAGAGUCAAGGCACUGGUCGAGGAAAAUAAUUGUUUGAACGAAAUGAUUAAAGCACGACAAAUGAAAGUGGAAAAUGACGAGAACGAAUUCAAAACGAAAUUAGACGAGAUGGAUGAAGAGAAGAGAGAGCUUCAUAGCGUUGUGAAAGAUCUUGAAGUUCGAUUGAACAAGCUGAGUGAAGAUCAAAUUCUAAGCAAAGAGCACGUCGAAGAAAACGCCGGAUUGAAAAGUCAGCUCAUGAUACUCCAGGACGAAUUAGCAGCAUUGAAACGAGAGCGUGAAGAUUGUUUGACAACGCUGCGCUUAAGAGAAAGACAAUUGCAACAGCAAUCGAAAGCGAACGACGAAAACCAACAGCUUUUGUCCGAAAAGGAAACGCUGUUAGAUUCAUUCAGGCAGAAGUUGAACCAGCUCGAAAAUAUUCACGGUCAGUGUGGUGCACAUGCGCAGGAACAGUCAAAUUUGAUUCAGAACCUGCAAUCGUUGCAAGAUCAAACUCAAUCAGUUAUUAAAGCGCAAGAAGAGAAAUCCAAAUCGGACGUCCUGGAUUUAAAAGAGCAGCUGGAUGAAGCCACUAGAUUGCGGCAGACUCUGGAGGAAGAAUUGGAACAGUCCAAGCAACAGGGCUCUGAAACAUGGACGACACUGAAGGUAGAUUUUGAUACAAUGAAAAGCGAGCAGGAAACGUUGAUAGAGACACUACAGCAACGAAAUAGACGUAUUUCAUCGUUAGAGAAGGCCUUAGCUUCUUAUGAAAGGAAAAAGAACGGAAAAUCGCUUGGCGUUGACGUGGAAUCCAAAGUACUCGACGAUAAGAUCUUUGAAUUGAAGAAAGUUUUAGAAUUUAAGGACAAUGAACUUGACAGUUUGCGAGCCGCUCAUUCAAAUCGAUUGCAACGCUACAAAAAUCUUCAACACGAGCACAAGAUUGUCCUCAAGCAGUUGCAAACGUUUGAAAAUUCGAGUUUCAACAGCGACGACUUUGCAAGAAACCAUAUUGACGAGGAAGACCGUCCACGAGCCUCGCCGCGAACACUGCAAAAAGAAGACAGUGAUUCUGUUUGGAACGAGCUGCAGUAUUUCAAGAAAGAAUACGAAAAACUUCGUAAAGAAAGAGAUGAUGUUAUGGAAGAAAUUGACAUGUUAAGGGUAGAACAUUCCAAUGACGUCGCGACGAUUCACGAGUUGCGCAUGUGCUUAGAAGAUGAAAAGAGAGAACUCGUGCGACAGCUGAAGGAAGAUAAUGCUCGUGAAUUGAAAGAGAUGAGUUCGGAAAAGGAACGAUUGGCGAAAAAAAACGACGACCUUAGUUGUCAGAUGGAGGAUGUUAAAAACACCUGCCGAAUAAAGGAAGAUGAAAAUUCGGCGUUGUUGAAAAACUUAAGUGAGAAGGAAAAGAUGGCGGAUCGUCUUGCGGGAGAAGUAUUGAAGUACAAAAGAGAAGUCAAAACCGUAAAAGACGAGAGGAAGAAAAGGAAAAUAUGCGAGAGUAAAUAUGUUCAAGUUGAGCGAGAAGACUUGUUAGGAAAGCGCAAAAAGAUGAUUUGUUGUGAUGCCCAGGUUCAAACGGACACGAUUCUCGAGGAACAUUUCCUAAAAUCAACCGGAGAUUUAAUACUUCGUGUAAAUCAUAAACAUGAGCGACAAGACAACGCAAAACGCGAUGCCCAAACUUCACCAAUCAAAACUUUGCAAAAAUUAAGCACCUUUAAUGAUCCUUCAACAAGCUCCACUCAAAGCAAGAUGUUUUCUGAAAACUCGGCGCUUCACCCUGAGAAGACGGACAAUGUUGACAACUUCGGUAAAGUAUUGAGCGAGUCUUUUAUCCAACCUUCAGUCGAAACCCCGAGUAGACGAACUCGUUUGACGUACAAACGUUCGACACAUCGCAAAGGGAAGAUCAUUCGACAAAGAGUUCUCAGUUUAAUACAGCAAGUUGCUGUAUUGAAGUCGGCGAAAGAGUCUCUGGCGCAGGCUCUUUCCGAGCAAAGCAGCACAAAGGAAAAGCUUCAAAACGAUUACAGUCAGUGUCAGUCAAGGUUGAAAAUGUCCAAGCAAACGAUGGAGCGUCUCACUAAAGAACUUGAAGAGAGUCAAAAGCGCAAUAAAGAGCUGUUGAAAAGAUCUGGUGCUAACAAAGUGCCUUCAUAUCCAACGGAGAAACACUUAGAAGAUAGACUAAAGCUGUCUGCAAACGAGUGUUCCAGGUUGUCGAUCGAACUUAAAGCAGCAAGAAAAACGAACGAAGAGCUUCAAGAACGUCUGAAAGCAUUUCAGGAAAAAAGUUCCAGACACGAGCAGGUUUUGAGCCAGAAGAAAAUUUUCGUGGAUGAAAUGAGGUCGAGACUAAAAGCUACACUGGACAAUCUUGAAUCUACACGCGAAAAUUUGCGUGAUAAUGAGGAAAAGAUUCGACUCUUGACCGACAAAGAACAGCAAAGGAAAAAACAGAUGGAAUCGUUGAGGCAGCGAUUGGAAAUCACGACGAAUGAGAAACAGAGGAUAAAAGAAUCGUUCGGUAAAAGUCAAGAUGAAAUCAAAAAGAAGAGCAAACUUCUCGUGCAAGCUCAGCAGUUACGUCACGAAGCCGAGAUGGCCGUGAAAGAGAUGGAAGACGCUGCAAAGAUGCAACUUCAUAAUCUGGCCAAUCAUAGCCAAGCGACGCUUUCCGGCAUCGAAGAACGUUUGAAUAAAUCCACUCGACGAAUUCAGGAAUUUCAAAAGUUCGUAAGGGCGUUGAUGAAAAGAAUUCUUGACGAAAUGACGGCGAAGAAAGCGCGACAAAACGAACAGAGGAUUAGAAAGUUCGAGGAAGAAAAAAAAAGCGCUUCCAUGGUGCAAGCUUGUGAACUGGCCAGCUCAAUUCUCGACAUGUCGAGGGCAGAUAUCGACGAACUGUUGGAUUUCGACAUCAGCGAGGAGGGCGAUUCCAUUGAAGCAACCGAAUGUCGAAAGAAGGUUGACGAGAUGCUUUCAAAGGAGGAUUCAUUCGCAAUUCCAUUGCUGGACAUCUUUUUGAAGACCAUAGCGAGUGUCGGCCUCUUGGGUGAUGACGAAAUUGAAACGAGAACAUAAAAUCAUCCACGAUAAGUUGUUUAAGAACGCCUGUAAGCUCAGAUCCUCAGAAUCGGACUUUGCGAUUUGGAGGGAGAACGUAAAAAGUUAUAGUAUAGGGGUUCUACGCUAGUGUACUUUAUAUCUUAUUGAGCCCCAAAUACUCAAAUUUUGUAAGUUUUCUGUUUUUGAUCAAAGCGUGUGCUUAAAUUCAAUGUUGGAUGAACACGUCCUUCACAAACUCCAUUUCAUCAGUUUCUCAUUUGAAAAUUUUUCGCCAAAACAAUUUCGGUAAUGUUUGUACAGACGUAGAAGACACAAACUCGCCUCCGUACACCUAGAGUUACUUUUUAAUUACGUAAAGUGCCUUUGCAAUUUGCGCUUGAGGUAGUGAGUUAUGUUCAGAAGAGUUCUUUUUAAACUUUUUAUACUCAAUCCGAAUCAUUUGAGUUUCCAGGCACAUUAACAUUGUGCGUUGGUUCUAGCCCAGACCUCGUACGCAAGACCUAACAAGUUUCAAUUCGACAUUUUGCUUAUUGUUUACUGCUAAACUAUUCACAUGUCGGUCAAUAUGAAGAACCGAAAAAUGGCACUUUUUUACUUAUAUUAUUUUCAGUCUUUAAAUAACUGACUGUGGGAGAUUUUGACUCUGAAUGGUGCUAAAGAGGCACGGAUGUGUGUGACAACGACGUAGAAUUCUUUUAGUAGUGUAUAUUAACCAAAUCAAUUUUGACCUAUA